UAUUAUACUUAGUUGCUCAUCGAGUACCUGCUACGAGCAGCGACGGCAAAAUUCGGUCGGGUCGCGCGCGCGAAUCGUUUCUGACCGGUAACGUUUGGGGCGUUUCGGUCAGCGGUCGCGGGCAAUCGGAAAACGAGCGGCUGAAUCCGUUUCGGUUACGUUAUCACUUCAGUCAUCCCACAUGGUUGAAACCGUACCGCGGCGGCGACAGGUCGUGUAUACCGCUGUGUAGUGUCGCGCGCGGAGUGUCGACCGACCUACCGGUACUCGAACGACGUUUAGAAUAACCGCUGUUUACGGAAAUUUUCGGAAAACGUAUUUCGCUCAGUCACAAAAAAAAAAACAAAAAACAAAAAAGCGAAAAAAAAAACAUAAAUACAAUAUCGCGUGCGUUCGGUUUUAUUGGCAUAGGUCAUAUUAUAAUAGUUGAUAAUAUCGUUCUAGACGGUUCGUUCCUUGCUCGAUUGUCCAUCCUCUUAAUCUAAAGGUUACGACGUGCUGACGCCACCCAAAAGAUUGUCCAGGAAAAUCAUUUUGCAUUUGAUAAAUAAACAUUUGGAGUAUUUAUGAGCUACAGAAACUUAAAGACUUAAAUUACAAAAACGGUGGCAAUAUGUAUUUUAUUAGUGAACGUAUUGGCAUUGGACACAGAAUCACCACGCGAUGACGGUGGUAUUAUUGUACAACAGUUGACAGUCAAAUUCACAAUAAUCAUGGAUGGCGGUAACGGUGUCGUCAACGACACGUCCAAUAGCACACUACUCGUAGACGAAUAUGACUACUCGGAGAGACCGGAAACGUACAUUGUUCCGGUACUGUUCGCGUUCAUAUUUUUCGUCGGUACCGUUGGAAACGGAUCUCUGGUGUUGAUAUUCAUCCGGCACAGGAACAUGAUCAACGUACCGAAUAUAUACAUACUCAGCCUUGCGUUGGGCGAUCUACUGGUGCUGUUGAGCUGCAUACCGUUCACGUCCACUGUCUACACGGUGCCAUCCUGGCCGUUCGGGUUGACCAUCUGCAAGGUGUCCGAGACCACCAAGGACAUAUCGAUCGGCGUGACCGUGUUCACGUUAACCGCCCUGAGCGCCGACCGGUUCUUCGCCAUCGUGGACCCGAUGCGCAAGCUGCACGCGUCCGUGGGCGGCCGCCGGGCCACCAAGUUCACCGUCACCGUGGCAGUGACCAUAUGGUGCCUGGCGGUGGCGUGCGCCGUGCCCGCGGCCACCAACUCGUACGUCAGGCAGUUCCAGCAGAACAACGUGACGCUGUUCGAGGCGUGCUACCCGUACGCCGAGGAACUGGGGCCCACCUAUCCGAGGCUGGUCGUCGUCAUCCGGUUCCUGGUCUACUACGUGGUGCCCCUGUCCGCCAUCGCGUGUUUCUACGCCAUGAUGGCCCGACAUCUGAUCCAUAGCACCAGGAACAUGCCCGGCGAGGUCCAGGGACAGAUGCGCCAAGUCCGAGCUCGGAAGAAAGUUGCCAAGACCGUGCUGGCUUUCGUUCUGGUGUUCGCCGUUUGUUUCCUGCCCUAUCACGUGUUCAUGCUGUGGUUCUACCUAAACCCCAGGUCCCAGGACGAGUACAACAUAUUCUGGCACGUGUUGCGUAUCGCCGGCUUCUGCCUGUGCUACAGCAACUCGUGUAUCAACCCCAUCGCCCUCUACCUGGUCAGCGGUACGUUCCGCAAACACUUCGACCGGCAGCUGUUCUGGUGGCUCGUCAAGCCACCGGGCGGCCAAAUCACCGAGUCCAAGAACGGCUACAUGCGCCGAAAGAACGGCACCCGAGAGAAGGACCGAACCAUCAACAACGAUUCCACCACCAUAGCCAACGUCCAGUUGAGCACGUUCACUAGGCGGACCGCGGACACGAACCACACGAACACCACGACGGUGCUCAUCUGUACCGGUCUCAACGACGCCACCACCAUCAUAUAGAAAAUGCUACAACAAUGGAACUACGUCAUUAUUCUGGGCAUAUUACAACAUUUCAAUUCCGAAAAUGCUGAUAUGAAUAUGUAUAUUUUAUACAGAGAGAUUUAGCGACCAUGAUCAUACCCACUUUAUCUUUUAAAAAUGAAUUUAAAUAUUCAAUUUUUGAUUUUUGAGUUUUUAAAUACAUAAGUACCUACUUAAAAACUGUAUUUUCAAUUACUUUUAUUUUUAUAUACUAUUUAAAUAUUAUUAUGAUAAUUGGUGAUAUCAACUCUUUUUUGAAGCAGUAAAAUAAUUUUUUAAUUAGUAUUGAAUUGAGAGUAACUAUAUUUUUUAAGCGUUUUAACUUUCUUUACUAAGAAUAAUAGAUUAACCUUGUCUCCUUGAUAAUAUGUUUGAAAUAAAUGGCAAUUUAAAAAUUGUAAUUAAUUUAUCAACAUUUUAUAAUUUGUAAAGAUAUUGACCAAUUAAAUAUUAUUUCCAACAUAU